AAGGAGGGAUAGAAAGGAGGGAGAGAAAGGAGAGAGAAAGGAGGGAUAGAAAGAAGAGAGAGAAAGGAGGGAGAGAAAGGAGGGAGAGAAAGGAAGGUGGAGAAAAAAGGGAGAGAAAGGAGAGAGAGAAAGCAGGGAGAGAAAGCAGGGAGAGAAAGCAGGGAGAGAAAGGAGGGAGAGAAAGGAAGGUGGAGAAAAAAGGGAGAGAAAGGAGAGAGAGAAAGGAGGGAGAGAAAGCAGGGAGAGAAAGCAGGGAGAGAAAGCAGGGAGAGAAAGGAGGGAGAGAAGGCAAGGAGAGCAAGGAGAGAGAGAGAAAUGGAUGUUAGGGAGAGUAACAAAAGAAAAGGGUGGGGAACGGAGAAAGAGAGAGGGGAAUAAGCUAGCCAGCACAGUGGAAAAAAGGCUGGAAAAGAGGACAAGAACGCAGGAGUGAGACAGACAGAGGCUGUGCCAAGCCUCCCACCUGAGUGUGCACGGCACGGCUGUGUUUUGUGUUUGGGAUUUCAGGGAAAAGGAGGAGGAGAAGGAGGGGAGGAGGAUGGAGCGUGGGGUGGGCCAGAGAAAGGAAGAGUCUGCUGGCAGCGUUGGUUUCACACACCAGUGAUGAAGUGAAGCCCCUCGCAGGAAUUCUUUCUGCUGCUGCGUUAGUUUUUUUCUCUGCCCUUGCUUUUCCUUCUUACUCACAUCUGGAGCGGGGAGUCACUUCCUCUGUCUGUGCUGCCCCGCGUUGUGUUGUGCUUUAACAGGGCUAGUCCUCUCAUCCUCUAGCCCCCCUUCACCUCCUCUUCUGACGACACUCUAGGGAGAUACGGAACACACCACGCCAGGGGGACGGGACGCUCCCAACACACUCUCUGCACGGGACCGGCCAGGGACCCUUGACACACCCCACCAACACUCUGGACCCACUCUCUGUAAUCUACGUCUGACAACAGAGAGGAAGAGAGAGACUGUGGAAUCUGGAGAGAACUGCAACCAUCAGCUGAACUUUCUGCAGGGUGUUUGCCCUUUCCCUUAUAUGGCAAAACAACUGGAAAAUCAUUUGAAUUGUCUGAUAUCUAUCCACCACAGCAGGCUGUGCAGCAGGGUUUGUUUGUAUGGCUGACUGACUUCUCUUGGUUCUUCUUUCCUGUGUUGUUUGCAUGCAGGGCUUUUAUUGAAGGGACAGCAGCAUUGUAGGUCUUUGGGGUGAGGCUGCAGGCACUACCCCCAGGGGUGGUUGGCUAUAUGCAUCAUUGCUCCUCCCUCUCUUUCUCUCUCUUUCUCUCUAUCUCUGUCUGUCUGCCUGAGAGGAACAUCCAGCUGUCUGUCUACCUGAGAGGAACAUCCGGCUGGCAGCAACCUGCACACAGACACUGAGACAGUUGUUCUCUGUGGGGGAACUAACAGCAAGGUGGGCCAGAGUUCAGCAACUGUAGUUCUGGAAUCUGGACACAGAGAAAUCUGUAGGAGGGAUAUUGACUGACUCUACAACGACAACAAUCCUCAAAUGCAACAGGAUGUGUAACCCAGUAGGACCCUGGAAGGCGUGCCUGUCUUAAAUGAGGAGGACUAUUGUUGUUGUCCUGUGUCGACCUUACUAAUGAGGACGAGGAUGCUGGAGAAGCCGUGAACACUCAAAAGGACUGAACAACGAGAGCUGGAGGGUCUCGUGGUGCCAUGACACAGGUGUGGGACAGAGUGUGUGUGUGUCAUCUCUGACCGUACACCUUGUUGUGGAUUACCCCGUUGGACGGACACACACUCCACUGACUGACAGGUGGACAACAACAGCUUCGGUUGUCAUGGCGGUGGCGUGGUACCACCGCGACAUCAGCCGCGUGCAUGCGGAGGACUUGCUGGCCCGGGCUGGGAGGGACGGCAGCUUCCUGGUCAGGGACAGUGAGUCUGUGCCUGGAGCCUACGCCCUCUGUCUGCUGUACCAACGGCACGUUCACACUUAUCGUAUUCUUCCUGAUGCAGACGGCCUGUUGGCUGUACAGACAUCUCAAGGGGUGCAGGUGAACUGUUUCCGAACACUGGGGGACCUGGUGUUGGGGUACCAGCACCCUCAUAAGGGUCUGGUCAUCCCCUUGCUGUACCCUGUGGGGAGGGACACAGAGCCUGGUGAGGAGAGCUCAGGUGAUGAUGAGAAGCCAGGGCUGGUGUGGAGUCCCAGCCCAGCCCCAGUCGCAGUCAGUACAUCUCCCCCAGAAGGACCUCCAGUCACCCCAUCCCCCCAUCUCCUCUUCCUCCACAGGCUGCAGGAGCUCAACACACCCAGCAUGGCAGGUGAGGUGGUUGGGUUGCUCAGUGAGUAUCUGUGCAGUGAGCUGCCUCUGGAUGUAGAGGGUCUGCGUAGAGGAGCAAAAGGCCUACUCCAUCUACACCAAACCCUGGGCACAGCAUGCCAGGGACUCAACAGUGAGAUUGAUCUGACCAUGUCCAGUUUGGAGACGCUGGCCAAAGUGUUUGACCAUCCCACCUGCCCUUUAACCUCCACCAAGUCACAGAAUAUGGGUAGAGGUCCAGACAUGGAGUUGGACAGCCUGCUGUGUAAAAUCUCUUCCCUGGUCAGCCUGCUGUCCUCCCUGGAGAAGAGGGUGCUGAAAGCUCUUCAAGAUGCUGUGACCAAUCACAACCUGGCUGUGCAGCCUGCCCCUCUCCGUGAACCCGCCCCUGUCUCAGCUCCAGUCCCUGCUCCUGCCCCAGCUCCAGUCCCAGUCUCUGCUCCAGCACCAGUCCCUGCUCCAUCCCCUGCUCCUGCCCAUGCUCCAGCCCCUUCUCCAGCCCCAGUCCCUGCUCCAGCACUAGUCCCUGUAGCUAAGAACAAUGCCAGGCCCAUACCUGUCCACUCCUUUCAGAUUAAGAUGGUGCGUUACGGCAGACAGACCGUGUCAGUGGACUUGGACACAGGAGUGCUGCUGUUUGACAGGAAGGCCGGGUCAUUCGGAGCGGAGACAGUCUCACACGACCGGAUUCUGCAGCUAGUCAAGUUCCAGAGCAGUCCAGCCAAGCUGCGCAUGGUAGUGGACAGUCAUCACAACACCCCACGAGAGCUCAUGUUUGAGAGUGCAAGGAAGCGGGAGGCGUUCUGCCAGCUGCUACAGCUGAUGAAGACCAGACACUCCCAUCUGAGUGAACCUGAUGUCAUCUCUGUGUUUGUGGGCAGCUGGAAUAUGGGUGGCUCCCCUCCCCCUCGCAGUCUGCAGUCCUGGGUGACGUGCUGUGGUCUGGGGCGAACCCCAGAUGAGUCCACAGCUCUGCUGCCUCACGACAUCUACGCCCUGGGUACCCAGGAGAACUCUCAGGGGGAGAAGGAGUGGACCGAGCACGUCAAGGCUACCCUACACAGCUACACGCAUAUAGAGUACAAACAGGUGGCAGUACAGUCACUGUGGAACAUGAGGCUGGCAGUGUUCGUGAAGCCGGAGCACGAGAGUCGCAUCAGCCAUGUAAACACAGCCAGUGUGAAGACUGGCCUGGGGAACACACUGGGAAAUAAAGGUGCUGUUGGGGUUUCCUUACUCUUCAACAGUACUUCUUUUGGAUUUGUUAACUGCCAUCUGACCUCUGGCAGUGAGAAAGUAGUCAGGAGGAACCAGAACUGUGCGGACAUCCUCAGACUGUUGUCCCUGGGUGACCGGCAACUCAGUGCCUUUGACGUCAGCCUGCGCUUCACACAUCUCUUCUGGUGUGGAGACCUCAACUACAGACUAGAUCUGGACGUACAGGACAUUCUCAAACAUGUUUCCAAGCGGGAGUUUGAUGAGCUCAUGUGUGCUGACCAGCUGACGCGAGAACGACACAAGAGGAAGGCCUUCCUCAAUUUCAAGGAAGAGAAGAUUGCGUUUCCCCCCACCUAUCGGUACGAGAGGGGGUCCAGGGACAGUUACCUGUGGCAGAAGUACAAGACCUCUGGCGUGCGUGUCAACGUGCCAUCAUGGUGUGACCGGAUUCUGUGGAAGUCUUACUCAGAGACACAUAUCACCUGCAACUCCUAUGGUUGUACAGAUGACAUCUUCACCAGCGACCACUCGCCUGUUUUUGCCACAUUCCAUGUAGGGGUGACGUCACAGUUCAUUUCCAAAACAGACCCAAACUCGAGCAUGGAGAGGGCCUGGAUGGAGUUGGAAGGUGUUGAGGCCAUUGUGAAGACAGCCAGCAAAGCCAAGUUCUUCAUUGAGUUUCACUCAUCCUGCCUUGAAGAGAUCCGCCGUUCCGUAGAGAAUGACUCACAGAGCUGUGACGUGCCUGGCUUCCUCAAACUGGGCUGGUCCCCCAAGCAGCUGCCCAAGCUUCUCCCGAUCGUCUCAGACAUGGAGUACCUUCAGGAUCAGCACCUCCUGCUGUCUGUCAAGUCAUGUGACGGGUUUGAGUCAUACGGUGAGUGCUGUGUGGCACUGCGCUCCCUUAUCGGCGCGGCAGAGCAGUUUGAGACGUUUCUGACCCACCGGGGUGAGGAGAUGGGCUCCAUACGUGGGCGGGUCAGGGUCCAUGUGCCCAAGGACCGGCGAGGAACACGGGAGAAGAUCUACGAAUGGUUCUGCUUUGAGAAGGAUGAGAAGGGUCUGGUGAGGGGAUGCUUGUCUCCUCCGUCCACUCGGGCACCUAUCAGCCGAUCGUCACCGCCUCCACCCAAGCCGGCCCCUAGCAGUUACACAAACCCUGCCUACUUCAUAUUUGAAGGUGUGUCUGUCCUGGGAAGAGUAGAGGAGUCUCCACCCCCUCGCAGGGACCCUCAGGUGGUCUGGGCCGGCGACUCCGCGCUGCAGUUACCCAAACUCUUCGGGGGGCGUGGCUGUGACAGGAAGUCCCCUCGCAGGUCUAACUUCACUGAAAUCGAGAUUCCAGGGAUCCUGCCCCACUAUCCUUCCACCAAUGACCAUCAUCCACCCCAGACUAACUCCUCCUAUCAGCUCUUCCCAGCAAAGGACCCAUCGCCAAUCCCCCCUGCCCCAAGCCCCACUUCUCACUAUCAUGAACAACCCAUACAACCACGACCAAGCAAAAACAAUGUUGUCCAGGACUCCAUCCUGCCUGCCAAGAACCUGAGGAACAUGUACAUGAACCACUCCGCCAUCAUCAGAGAGACCCCCAGGAGAGAACAGCCUAGGGUGCACCAACUGGAACAAGCCAUCUCUGUACGGAGCAGCAAACUCCCAGCCUUCUACCCAUAUGUGUCCACCUGUGUACCCCACACCCAGGCCUCAGCACCGUGGGUGGUGGAGCAGCCAGUUGGGCCCCUUGGGGACCACUCCCUCACAGCCCUGCAGAUAGCCAAGUCACUCAGCGAGGUAGACUUCUUCCCAUUGGACCUUGAGGCUCCAUCUACCCCAUGCCAGAGACCGGCCCAGAGGAAUGACCUGGCCAUAGCUGCAGAAAGAGGAUACUGCUGGGAGAAAGAGGUCCUCUAUGGAGCUCCAGAGACAGUGCGAGAACUACUCAGCACCCUGGGUCUACAGAAGUACACUCUGGGACUCAGCCUCAACGGCUGGGACGACCUGGACUACUUCAGUGGCAUCACAGAGGAGGACCUGCGUGCAGCCGGAGUGUCGAACCCGUCGCAUCGCCGGAGGAUCCUGGAGAACCUACCCAGGAUCUGGGAUUCACUAUAGACCUACUCACUUUGUUUGAGUUCUCAAACUGAACCCAAUGACAGAUGCCUGCCCUAAUGGACAACUCGUCAUCUCUUCCACUCACGUCCUUUUAUAUACAGUAAAAAAAAAUCUAGUAAGCACACACACACAGACAUGGUGCCUGUCCCAUGAAAUCCUCAUCUCAUAUCCGUUUCCAUUCACGUGUCCACCUUAAAAUGGUCAAACAUUUUUUAUAUCCAAUUUUAGAUCCACAUAGCUAAAUAUUGAUUUUCUGUCUCCCCAGCAGUCACCAGACGAGAGUGUUUACUGAGCAUUCACACGCAUCACCUCCUCCCCUGCCCUUUCCACUGCUCUGCCUUUUAUAAAGAACAGCACAGAGCUUGUAAAAUCACUCACUAAGGGCCAUGGAGGAUGAAAUGUACAGCUGUACAUAUUUACCAGUACACAUUUUAACAUGGCCUGGAAAGUUAAUGAUAAGGCCUCGCUUUCUGUUUACUGUCCGAUGGUAUUAUUAUCUUGUCACUGUGGUGUAGCUGUUAGUGAUAAGAGGGGAAUCCGGUGGGAGGAAAAUGCGAACCCUGGGCUCGUUUAUUUACAUUCUUACUAUGACAUUGUACAUGUUUCUCUAUUCUCUCCCUUAUCCCAUAACUCUCGUGAGCUCACAAGAUAAUAAAGUGGCACCCACCCAUUUAAGAUGAACAUUACAGUCACUUAAUCAAUGCUUCUGUGAACUUAGCUUCUUUUUUUUUACUGCCUUUUUAAAACGUUAUUGUAUAAAACUAACUGUUGACAUAUGUGGGUUCUUAGACACUGCUACUGUGGGAGGUUUGAGGGCGUAAAACUUGUGCUUGCCGCCUGUGGUUCUUUGCCAGUGGCGCUACUUUGGUCAUCAUCUGAGUUUUAGAUAUACAUUUAACUGUGGAUCAUAGAAGUUGUACUACUUUAUUUGCUGAAGGUUGUUGAAUUAAGGUAAUGAAGUGUUACAUGCAGGUGAUGUUAAAUUUGUUCAACCAAAUGGGACACCACGUGAAUAAAACAAUGUUGUGUCAACAUUAUGAAA